UUAACGGUUAUUUGACAUUUUUGAAAGUAAACAAGUAAAAUAGUGCAGUCUAUUCGUCGGUAGGUGGCUAUACUAUUUGAUACUUGGUGACUUCCCCUUGCUUGUAAGUUUCUGAAUUUUUAUGAUCGACCAAGACUACACUGAAGAUAUGCAACAGCAAUUUCCCGCGUUUGAAUUUAUUUCAUGUUUCCAGCGGUUCAGCCAAACUGUACACGAAGAAUUGUUGUUCGUAUUGACUGCCCUGUUUAUUUAAAUGUAACUUAUCAAGACGUAAAUAUUUAAUAUUAAUUGACAUCAUUUUUGAUUCUUUAUCGUUAUUUUGGAAGUGUCACGAAUCUUUUCUACGUGUUACAAACGAUACAUUUUUGUAACCUCGCAAUGUCUGGUAAAGUAGUGAAAAAAGCGCCGAAGAAGAAGGCAGCAAAAGCAUAUAAACUGCCAGAUCCGAUAUCAGCCGGUGAAAUAUUAACAGAUAUAACAAAAAAACAGUGGAUUCUCGGCACAUCGAUCGGUGUCGGGGGUUUUGGUGAAAUCUAUUCCGCUGCUCCUUACAAUGGAAAGCCUCCAAAAGAUUAUCCCAAUGUAAUUAAAAUUGAACCACAUGGAAAUGGACCAUUGUUCGUGGAAAUGCAUUUUUAUAUGAGAAAUGCCAAACCAGAUGAAAUUAAUAGUUGGCAAAAGAAAAAGAAGCUUUCUGCACUUGGAAUGCCUAGAUACAUAGGCUCUGGAAGUCAUGAAUAUAAGAAUAUAAAAUACCGAUUUGUUGUAAUGGAUCGGUAUGGCACAGACUUAUGGAAACUGUUUGAAGAAAAUAAUAAACGAUUUCCAGAACAUACAGUAUACAAAAUAGCUUUGCAAAUAAUAAAUGUAUUAGAAUACAUCCAUUUUAAGACAUACGUACAUGCAGAUAUAAAAGGAGCAAAUUUACUGUUAGAUUUAAAAUCACAAGAUAAAGUAUAUUUGGUAGAUUUUGGAUUGGCUUCUCAUUAUACAACAAAAGACGAAUAUAAAUUAGAUCCAAAAAAGGCACAUAAUGGAACUAUCGAAUAUACCAGUAGAGAUGCUCACAUGGGAGUACCAACUAUGCGCGGUGAUUUUGAAAUUUUAGGCUAUAAUAUGAUUCAAUGGUUAUGUGGCUCGCUUUUAUGGGAAACAGAUUUAUCGGAUCCAGUUGUAGUACAAAAACAAAAAGAAAAAGCGUUUGAUAAUAUUCCAGAUUUUUUACAUAAGUCUUUUCAUGGGUCAGUUCCAACCUCCAUACUUAAAUACAUGACUCAGUUAGCAAGUAUGAAAUUCAAUGAUACACCCGAUUACGAAAAGUUUAAAAAAGUACUAACAGAAGGAUUGAAACAAUUGUCGCAUAAACCAGAUGGAAAGUUAGAAUUUAAAAAUGAUAUUACUAAUGAUAAGCAUGAAAAUUUGAAGUCUACUUCGCAAAACGCGAAGAAAACAGUUGAGAGGAAUAGAAAAAGUCCACGUUUAAAGUUAAUAAAACGUCUCAGUCCUGUAAGGAGCCUUGAUGAUAGCAAUGGAAGCAUUGUAAUGGACAAAAAACGUGGUGGUGUAAGAGACUUAAAGCAAAUAUUGAACGUUAUCGAGCCCGAUGAAGAAUACGAUAUACUAGUUAGAAAAUCGAGAAAGCAUGAUAAUAUCGGAGGCGUAAAUAAAUCUAAGAACGACAAAUCUCCAAUUAAAGACAGAAAAAGAGUUAAAAAAAAUCAUUACAUCGAAUCGGAGUCAGAAUCGGAACCAGAGGUUAUAUCAAAGGGAUCACGAUCGCGACCUGCUCGAAAAGCAACAUCUAAUAGUACAAAGACACAUUUGGAUAAAUUGUCAAUGCGCGCAACCAAUUCUGAUGAAGACAUAUUUGAUACAUAAUCAUUACAGAUACGAAAU